GCGCAGUGUAUGCUCGCCUUUCUUCGCUCUUCUCCGAAGAAAGCAGGGAAAAAUUUGCUCCGAUUCAGAAAUCUCUUCAUCCUCCGAAGAUUCAGAAUUUGAUUGUUUUUCUUCCUCUUCUUCUUCUUCUUGUUUUGUUGUUGUUUUUUGUGUACAUGGAGGAUUAAACAGUUUUGAAAUGACUCAGUCCCGCGCGAUGCGGCUCGCAAACGACCAUCUGAACACCGGCCAAAUACGGACAUAGCCAAAAAGACGGGUUUUUUUUCUCCCUGGUUUUCUUUUUUUUUUUUACCAUCGGAUUGUAGCUAUUUUUGUCGAUCGAUUUCAAAAAAAAAAAAAAAAUCCCCCGUCACACCGAUGGAUUGUUUCCACUGCAGCUCGGCAGAGGGGGUUAGAUGCAGCACCGAGCGUUUCCUUCUAAAUGCUGAAAAAGCGGCGGAGUGCCGAGAAGGAGAACAAGCAGAAUGGAACGUGAGGAUGUGAGAAUUGCGGAUUAAUUCAUCCCUCGAUCUCUUUCUUUCUCUCUCUUCCUCUUUUUAUUUCUUUCUAUGUCUUCGUUUGUCCUCUCCGUGGCGAUGCAUUGGGAUUUCAGAACCAAGGGAGACCGGACAGCUCCCUUCCUAUCGUGAGGAAUAACAAAAUACCCGAAUAAAGAAGGAUUUUUUUAUUUGGUGGGGUGGAAAUGAACAAGUUGACUUAUCUGCCUGCUGAUCCGUGUGCUCAGUUUGCGCCUGGAGGAACGCAGACGUCCAUAAUCUGAUCGUUUUCAUGUCUUGGAUGGCGGGGAUGAAUCGUCGGCAUUAAAAAAAUGCUGCUGUGGAUUGUGUUGCUGAAGGCAGCUCUUUGUGCAGCUCUCGGGAACGGUACAAGCGACGUGUGCAAGGAGGAGAUAUGCUCGUGCAGUGCGAUUGAGGGCGAUUUGCACAUCGACUGCGAAAAGCGCGGUUUCAGCAACCUGCAGCACUUGACUGGCCCGAGCUCGCAGUUUUAUCACUUGCUGCUGCACGGGAAUUCCCUAUCCAGACUGUUUCCCAACGAGUUUGCCAACUUCUACAAUGCAGUCAGCUUGCAUUUGGAGAACAACGGCUUGCACGACAUUGUCCCGGGCGCCUUCCUCGGCCUGCAACUGGUCAAGCGUCUGCAUAUAAACAACAACAAGAUCCGCUCGUUUAAAAAGAACACUUUUCUUGGUUUGGAUGAUUUAGAGUAUCUCCAAGCUGAUUUCAACCUCCUAAGAGACAUUGAUCCUGCAGUUUUCAGAGACUUGAGUAAACUAGAGGUCUUAAUUUUAAAUGAUAACCUAAUUAGUGCACUUCCCACCAACAUUUUCCAGCACGUUCCCAUAACACAUCUUGAUCUGCGCGGGAACCGGAUAAAGACAUUGCCUUAUGAAGGGGUCUUGGAACAAAUUCCAGGAAUUGUGGAGGUUUUGUUGGAGGACAAUCCAUGGGACUGCAACUGUGAUCUUCUUUCCUUAAAGCAGUGGCUCGAAAACAUCCCUCAGCGAGCACUCGUUGGCCGGGUUGUUUGCGAGGCACCUACGCGUCUCCAGGGCAAUGAACUUAAUGAGACAGCUGAGUCUGAACUCUGCCCUUCCAAAGAUGGCGCCGAUUCGAGUUUGGCCGCACCUCCGACUCAGGACGAGACCUCAGAACUGGAUUCUCCUCCUUCUCCAGCGUCCACAACCUCCAAAAUGGCUGUAGUGACAGAGAAAAGCUCUCAGAACAACAAGGGCCGUCCCAAAGCGAGAGAAAACUGGCAGCUAAAAACGCCAACAGCAAUAGCAUCAGGCACCAUCGAUGUAACGUGUCCCCAAACGUGCGUGUGCAAGCCAAUUGGCGCUAGUCAAGGUCUUGGGGUGAACUGCGAAGGGAAAAAAUUAGAGAGUGUGCUCAAUCUGAGACCCAAACCUCUCGGUGCACAUGAGCUGAACCUACGCGAUAACAAUAUCCAUGCGGUGAAAAGAAACCAGUUUCGGGGAUACACUAACCUGAACCUGCUCGAUUUAGGUGGGAACAAUAUCAAAACCAUCGAGAAUGGCACUUUUCAAAACUUGAGCGAGUUGCGGUGGCUUUACAUGGACAAGAACUAUCUGGAUAAUGUCAUGCCGGAUAUGUUUGUGGGACUCCAAAACCUGGAAUAUCUCAGUUUGGAAUAUAACGAUAUUCAGCUCAUUAUAGCAGGAGCCUUUAGUCCGAUGCCUAACCUGCGGGUGCUGUUUCUAAACAACAACCUGUUAAAGUCGCUGCCCGCAGACACCUUUCUUGGAGUCUCCUUGUCCAAAAUAAGCCUGCAUAACAACUAUUUCACGCAUCUUCCCAUAAACGGUGUCCUUGAUCAGCUGAGCUCGAUCAUCCAAAUUGAUUUGCAUGGGAACCCUUGGGAUUGCACGUGCACCAUCAUGCCGCUGAAACAGUGGGCGGAAAAAAUGGCGCCUGACGUCAUCGUUAGCGACCUGAAGUGUGAGUCACCGGAGGAGUUCUGGAAGCAAGAUUUCCGCCGCAUCCGGAUCGACCUGAUAUGCCCGGAACUUUACGACCAGGCUUCGCCGACUUCGUUAUCCAAAAACGGCACCGUCGGUAUGGAUUCUGACUCAGGGACACGUCCUGGAUCAUACCCAGAGCCGAGCCGAGUCUCAAUAUCAGUACUGGUGCCCGGAUUGCUGCUCGUCUUUGUCACUUCUGCUUUCACUGUAGUCGGGAUGCUAGUUUUUGUCCUGCGCCAUCGGAAAAGGUCCAAGCGGAGAGAUGGGAACUCCUCGGCGUCUGAGAUCAACUCUUUACAGACAGUUUGUGACUCAUCUUAUUGGCACGGCGCUGCUUAUCAUGCUGAUCACAGGAGCUACGACUGCGGCACUCACUCGCUCUCUGAUAAAUAAGGCACUUAGACGUUCAUCAAAGCACUCAAGUGUGCGAGCAAAAAAAAGAAAAAAGAUGCAUCCUGGUGGCGCUUUCUUACUCGCUCUGUUGGGAAAUACCCUAUUUUUCUUCGCUUCAGUUCACUAUAAAUAUUCAUGAGCCACCAUUCUGGAUGCUGUUGAAAAUAUGUACCUCUUUCUUUCGGUCUCUCUUAAUCUCUCUCCCCAUUCUCUUUCUCUCUCUGUCUCUCUCUCUCUCUCUGUCUUUGGUGCCGCGAUCAUUCGACUGCAAACCUGAGGAAGUGGAAAUGGUGCACGAUGGGAUGAGGAGCGCAUGAAUGUAAUGUAAAUAGCGACUUGUAACAUAUCUGCAUGAUCCGAUCCGCAUGGUUUCGACUCCCAAGCGCCGGGAACCAGACCACAACACGCUGACUCCACAGUUCUUUGACGAUAAUCAUAUGUAAUAUUAUAUAUAUAUAUAUAUAUAUAUAUAUAUAUAUAUAUAUAUAUAUAUAUAUAUAUAUAUAUAUAUACAUAAUCAUAAAAAGAUUUAUGAAUAUAUUAAAAAGUGCCAUUUCUCUAUUUUUUGUGGAACAAAAAGAUUAACGCAGUUAGGAUUUGUAUUUGUUGUUUUAUUUCUGGAAAAAAAGGCAACGCAAUGGGGAUGAAGAACAGAGAUGUACUAAUGCAUGUAGGCUGCUUUUCCGUUUUUUGAUCAUUAUUUAUAUUUCCAUCUCCUUACAGGUGUAUUCUGUGUUAUAAUGCGGUGUGUUGAUUCUUUCUUUUUUUUUUUAUUUCUAUCCGUUUCUUUUUGCCCAAUGUAGCUAAAAAUUCCAUUAGUGAACUGUUGGUGAGGCUCUCGAACAAACGAUGAGGUUUUCUAACUGCAUCUCUUCAUGUUUUUGAUUUUCGGUAUGUGUAGUAUGGAAGUAGACUAGAUUUUUAUGAGGCCUAUGAUUCACUUUAAUCUUUAAUUCUUGUGAGCUUUCGUAAAGCCAUUUAUUUAUCAUUCAAAAGGGGAAAAAUGGCUUUCCCUUACUAUUAUUAUUUUUUAUUUUUUUAUUUUUUUGGGUUGGGGUGGGGGGGUUGGGUGGGACAUUGUUACUGUGAAAAAGCGAGCCAUGUAAAUAUCUCGUCUCCAAUCAAAGGCCUCCUGCCUCUAGGUGUUGCUGUUGCAUCUCAACCCAAUAAAGCUGACAGAGUUGAACUUGUAUAUCUGUAUCGACCUGCUCUGGCUAGAAUUCACACUCUUUUUUUAUAUGACCUUUGACCUUAAUGCCUAUUCCACAUUAUUAUUAUUAUUAUUAUUAUUAUUAUUAUUAUUAUUAUUCAACUUUGGUCUUUAGAUUAGCAUUCUACGACAACAUUGUUAUCCACAUAUUUAAAUAUAAUGCCAAUAAAGUCAAAUGUUAGCUUAAAUCUAGCAACAUAAACCAGCUAGUAUUAUUAUUAUUCUUAAAAAAAAAAAGUAAAUCAUUUCAUAAGCAGAUGCUUCAAUUAGUGAACUGUAUUAUCAACCAUCAGCAAGGCUAACAAGAUCCAAUUCCUGAUAUUAUUUUUGCUUUAAAAAACAAACAAGCAAACAAAAUAUUUGGCCAUUAUGUGACUUUAUAGUAAAGCGAAAAGGUUUUUUUUCUGUUAUUUUUGUUUUCUUUUUUUCAAUAUGAAAUAUUAAAAUUGCUUAUCAUUUUUUAAUUUAUUUUUGUUUCUAAAAAUACCUUACAUCAACUACAGUCUUUUUUUGUUUUCUU